AAGAGACGUUCGGACAGUCCGCAUCCGUAGCUGUUCUCAACGUAAAGGAACGCUAUUUAUGAAGACGAAACUUUCUAUGGAUGCCGUCAAAAUAACACUAUAGAUGGGUUGUUAGACUUGCGUAAAAAGUAAACUAUCAGGACAAUUGCAAUUUUUGAUUAUCAACAUUAUUAGUAUCUUCAUUUAGGUGACUUGCAAUGAAGCGUGCCACAUUCAUAAUAUUUGCACUGGCAUUACCUGGAUGCCUGGAAGCGAUUCAUGGGAUAUACUCAUUUGGUCAGUCCGAGUUAUUUUACAAAAAGAACAACUGCAAACCCAUCCCUGCAACUCUUCUGCUCUGUCACGAUAUAGAGUACACUGAGAUGAGACUCCCUAACCUUCUUGGACACGAGACAAUGAAAGAAGUGCUCCAGCAAGCAUCCUCGUGGAUUCCUCUGGUCCAGAAACAGUGUCACCCCGACACCAGGAAGUUCCUGUGCUCCCUGUUUGCUCCAGUGUGCCUGGACGAUUUGGACGAGCCCAUUCAACCAUGCAGGUCGCUGUGCGAGACGGUCAAGCAGAGCUGUGCCCCGGUGAUGUCGGCUUUUGGCUUCCCGUGGCCGGACAUGCUGGACUGUAAUCGCUUCCCACUGGAUAAUGAUCUGUGCAUCCCGCCAGCCAGCAUAGAUAAUUUUGUGCCAGUUACCAGAGAAGUGCCUAAGGUGUGUGACGCGUGCAGAGAGAAAGAGGAGAAUGACAACGAAAUUGUUGACAACCUUUGUAAAAAUGACUUUGCGCUGAAGAUCAAGGUGAAGGAGAUCUCCUACAUGAACGGAGACACCAAGAUCGUCCCGGAGACCAAGAGCAAGACCAUCUACAAGCUGAACGGCGUGACGGAGCGGGACCUGAGGAAGACGGUGCUCUGGCUGAAGGACGGCCUGCAGUGCACCUGCGACGAGAUGAACGACAUCCACGCCGCCUACCUGGUGAUGGGCCAGAAGAUGGGGGGGAACCUGGUCAUCACCUCCCUGAAGCGGUGGCAACGCGGGCAGAGGGAGUUCAAGAGGAUCUCGCGCAGCAUCCGCAAGCUGCAGUGCUGAUCAGGGCCCCUGCCCGCCUACCGCCCGACGCAUAUCGUUACCCCACCCCCCCCCCCCCCCCUUAGCACCGCAGGCCUUUCCACACCACGCACAACCCGCCAACAAAGUGCGUGACUCGAGAAGCCCGGGAGAAUUUUUUUUUAAAAGGUUGAAUUUCUAAAAGCUGCUUUUUAUUCAGCGAUGGAGGAUAAAAGAGCUUUGGUUUUGUAUCUUUAAGUUUCCAUUCUGUCUGCAAAAGUGUCAGAUUUCUCAUAUUAAUGCAGCUAUAUUACUUUCUUGAUAGAGCAUGAAUUAACCAUGGUGCAAUUGAGCCAGCAAAGAUCUUUCACUCCAACUUUACGUACACAAAAUCUAUAUUUUUUACAUAAAUAUUUGCAAAUAUGAAAUUCUUGUUUUUUUGUUGUUGAUUUUCUGUCAUAAUACUGAAUUUUUUAUUGAUGCAACACUUUUUAUAUGAACAACAGUAACUGUAAAAGCUAUGCUUUGUAUAAACAUUUUAAUAGCACUGAUGAUGUAAUAAAAGGGUGAAUCAUUGGUUGUAUUGUUGUGCACUGGCUCGUAGCUUAGCAAUAGAUUUUUUUACCAGUUAGCGCUUAACAUGUGUGUUAAAUCAGAUUUAAAUAUAUUUGAAUGUUUAAUAUGAGAUUACUUACCCUUGGUUUGCAGUCAUUGAUACAUUGAGUAACAAAUUUCAUAUAGUGCUACACUUUCAUGUCUAAGAAACAAAUUGGUUUAACACAAUAAAUGCCAGCAUGUUGAUUAAAUGUAUUACCAUUCUUUCUUAAAACACAUUACUCAAAGAUCAAGAAAAAGCACAUUUUGCCUGGAUGGUUUUUUUUCUUUCAAUUUCCUGUUUCAAUAUAUAAUUCAACCUGUUAUGCAUUUAUGAAUCAUUUGAAAAUAUGUCAGUUUGUAAUAUAAUGCUUUAUGUAUUACUCUGUAAAUAUUCUGAAAAACAUCUUAAAUGUGUAAAUACCUGUUCUAAACAAUUUACAUAUGUAAUUGUUUUAAGGAUCCUAUUGUUCCCGCAGGAAUUAAUAACCUUGGACUGUGGCCAUUAGGACCAAAUGCUCCUUUUGUAUUCUGGUUGAGGCUGUUGGCCUGUCUACUGCCAAAAUAAGGCUCAAACUGAAUAUUUUGUCGUAACAUUAUGUCAUUUUAUACUUUGUAAUUUUAUAUAAUAUCCAUAAGUUUUCCCUUCCUUUCCUCUUCCUCGUUCUUUGUACAAGUAUAUGAUACAAUCUAAAUAAAUGUAUGUGGAUUAA